AUGUCUGACGUCGAAGCAACACCCACCACCAAGAUCAUGGCCUGGACUGAUGAGGCCAAGGUCCAAUUUCUCCUCCGCAUCAUCGCUCAACUUCGCGAGGACGGCAGGUGCAUCAACUGGAACCGCAUAAACAUCCCCGGCCGCACCAUCAAGUCUAUGCAGAACAUGUGGACGAAGGUGAACAAAGAAAUCGCCGAGAUCGAGACCAGCGAGGGAACAGUGUCAACCCCAACCAAACGUAAGGCAGCUCCGCGCAGAGGUCGACCCAAAGCCUCCCAGGCGGAUAAGUCCCAGAAGUUCUACAAGUCGGAGGCGUUCGUCCGCCCCGGCGACAGCGACGACGACGAUGAAGCAAAAGGGCUGAAAAAAAGGGCCUUGUCAAAUACCCCUGUGAAGAGGGAACGCAGUGCAGUUCGUGUCGCCAACACCCACGCCUCGAAGAGGAUCAAGAAGAAUCUUUCCGACGAUGACGGUGGCGAUGACGAAGCUGCCGUCUCCGUCGAUUCGGACAGCAACAGCGCCGAGGUGUAG